GCCGGCUCUGGCUGGCUCGGUGGCUCUUCCACUUCCAGCGGUAACUCCCCGGCGCUCAGUUGCUGCCGCCGCCGCCUCCUGCAGUGCCGGCUCUGGAAAAUGUCUGAGCGAGGCGGCUUCUAUAAGCAGGAAUUGAAUAAGACCGUGUGGGAGGUCCCCCAGCGCUACCAGCACCUGACCCCGGUGGGCUCGGGAGCUUACGGCUCCGUGUGUUCAGCAUAUGAUACCAAAACAAGACAGAAGGUGGCAGUCAAAAAGCUUUCAAGACCUUUCCAGUCCCUUAUUCAUGCCAGAAGGACGUACCGGGAGCUUAGAUUACUCAAACAUAUGAAACAUGAAAACGUUAUAGGAUUACUAGAUGUUUUUACACCUGCAGCAUCAAUAGAAAAUUUUAAUGAAGUGUAUCUUGUCACAAAUUUAAUGGGUGCUGACCUGAAUAAUAUCGUGAAGUGCCAGAAAUUGACAGACGACCAUAUACAAUUUCUUAUAUAUCAGUUACUUCGGGGACUUAAGUAUAUUCAUUCAGCUGGAAUCAUUCACCGGGACCUGAAGCCCAGUAACCUAGCUGUAAAUGAAGACUGUGAAUUAAGGAUCUUAGACUUUGGCUUAGCCCGGCAAACUGAUGACGAAAUGACAGGUUAUGUAGCAACUCGGUGGUACAGAGCCCCAGAAAUCAUGUUAAAUUGGAUGCAUUAUAAUCAAACAGUUGAUAUUUGGUCAGUCGGAUGCAUCAUGGCGGAGCUCCUGAAAGGAAAGGCCCUUUUCCCCGGAAACGACUAUAUUGACCAGCUAAAACGAAUAAUGGAAGUGGUUGGUACUCCCAGUUCUGAACUUCUCAAGAAAAUCUCGUCAGAGCACGCCAGGAAGUACAUAGAAUCUCUACCACAGAUGCCGCAACAGGAUCUGAAAGCUGUAUUUCGCGGAGCUAACCCAUUAGCUGUGGAUCUUCUGGAGAAAAUGCUUAUCCUGGACAGUGAUAAAAGAAUAACUGCCUCAGAAGCACUUGCGCAUUCUUACUUUGUACAGUACCAUGAUCCUGAUGAUGAACCUGAGGCAGAGCUAUACGAUGAAUCAAUAGAGAAUAAAGAACGGGUUAUAGAUGAAUGGAAAGAACUUACAUAUGGAGAAGUUAUCAGCUUUAAACCGCCUGAUUUAAAGAUGGAUAGCCUUGAAAUUGAACAAUAAAUCCAGACACCUUAUCUUUUUGCCAUGCUGUACUAUGAAGACUACUAAACACAUCGCAUUGCAAUUUAAUUCCAUAUAUCACAAGCAUAGAUUUUACUAUCCAAAGAUCUUGGAAAAGCUAUGGAGAAGCAGAUAAAUAAUGCUCAAGAAAGAUGUAUCUAGGGUGCGUUUUGCCUUGUACUUCGAAUGUAAUAAUUACAGAACAUUAAGAACUGCUUCAUUCUGACAAAUGAUGCACUGAAUGUUUUUUUAACUGUGUCUUCUCUGCAUGUCUCAUUUUAUCAGUUGUGAUGCCAAAAAUGGUGAUUUUUUUUUAUUUUGAAGUUGUACAGUUAAAGCAUGAAUGUAUGUUGAAACAAAAAUAGAAGUCCAUACAAGCAAUUUAUUGUUUUUAAGAAUUUAUCUCAAUUCUUUGUUUUGUUUUCCUUCUUUUCUUAAUUUAUAGCUAGUGCCUUUAGGAAGAGGGGUCACUGUAGUAAGUUAGGCAUAAUAUAUACCUGUAGUUAUACCUGUAGCUGUUUCAUGAACAUGAGUGAUUGAGCAACAGUUGGAAGUCAGUCAAAUAAUUAUUUUCUGAUGUCAUUCAAAUCUGCCAUCAUUUUCCUAUAGUUGUAGAAAACUACAGAGCACAGUUUGAUUAGUGAUCUACCCCUAAAGUGGUCCACAAUGUCAAGUCCUAAUGAGUGGAGUUUAUCUCACACAUUUGAGUGCUUUGAAGAUCUAGCUCCCCGCUAGAGCACUUUUUCUGUAAUUUUGGAGUGCCUGUCUUUCCCCUCCCUGCCAAUAAACAGUUUUAGAAACAAA